AUGGCAUCUCGCGAAGAAUUGACGGGAAUUUCGGUUUUCUUUUUCUUAUUCGUAAUUGUUGGCUGUUUUACGAACCUAAUUGCUAUCAUCACGUUUAUAAAAUAUCGCAAAACGAUGCUUCAGCAAUCAAAAGAUCUGCUCUUGUUCAGCAUUGCCUUGGGAGACUUAACACAGUCAAUUUUCGCCGUCCCUCUUAGUCUGACCUCAGUUAUUGCCGGCAGAUGGCUUUGGGGUGAUGAAGGCUGCUAUAUUUAUGCCUUCGUUACAAGUUGGACUGGCUUAUCCAACAUUGCUCAUUUUUCAAUUGUGGCAGUCGAGAGAUUAACUACUUUAAAAAGCCCAACAGUAUUCCUCAUUUCAAAAAAACGUAUCAUUAAAUGGAUAGUUUUUAUCUGGUUCGUGACUUUCAUCGUUGCUUCUCUUCCAUUAUUUGGUUGGUCAAGCUACACCUAUGAAGGCUAUGGUUUACAUUGUUCCAUAUUUUGGGAGUCAAAGACAACUGGUAACCUCACCUAUUGUUUGUUUCUACUUGUUGUCUUCUUUGUCGUACCGGUCGGAAGCAUUAUCUUCUCGAAUGCAAAACUUUAUGUAACAGUGAAUAUUAUGUACAAGAAUGCAAACAGUAUGUGGGGUGCAAACGCUCCUGCCACUAAACAAAGUUACUUUGCUCAAGUUAAAGUCGCACAACAAUUCACUGCCAUGACUUUGGCGUUCUUAGCUGUUUGGUCCCCAUAUGCAGCGUUAUCUUUUGCACGGGUUGUUCUGAAUACGAAUUUGUCAUCAAAGGUUCGUGAAUACCCGUCAAUGUUUGCCAAAACUGGUGUGCUUUGGAAUCCAACAAUCUAUUUUUACUUAUAUCGAAAGUUAAGAAAAAGAGCAAUAGACAUGUUGAAAUGCCGGUCUUUGAACAGUGUGCAAGAAGUUCCACGCGAUAGGGCCAUUGCAAUGGAGGAUGCUACAAUUCAAUAA